UUCGCCCUGGUGGAAGGGUCUUCUGUUUACUUGAACCCUUUUGUCCAAUCACCAGAUGAAGACAAGUUCAACUACGUUCCUAGACUGCACUUGAAAAAAAUGUGGUUCACGAAUCCCGUCUCCGGCGAAGUAAGCGGAGGACAGCAGCAACUUCCAUCAGGAGAUCAGAUUUUCUCUCUUACAUUUGUGAGUGCCAACAUUUCACAGUCUGUCUCGAUGUCUCUCCCUCCUCCAACCUUAAUAGGAGGGUGGUAGUAUGCAUGACGCAUUCAAAAAAUCAGGAUGGAAGCAAAAAGGUCAUCAUCUCGGAGGCCUAUGCUCGUAGAAAGGAUCAAUCUACUAAUCCUUCUCUUCUUCUUGCUAUUAUGUUUCCCUUUCCGUGCCUUUGCUCUUGACCCCUUCGCUCUCUGUAACUCCAGCUAUGGGAACUUCACCUCGAACAAUCCAUACCAGACAAACCUGAAGCAGCUCUUCACAACUCUAGCGGCUAAUGGCCCAGCAACCGGUUUCAACGUCACCACCGUCGGCCAACCUCCGAAUCAAGUCUACGGACUCGUUUUUUGCCGUGGGGAUGUCUCUGCCGAUGACUGCCGCAAAUGCAUCUCAGACGCAGGGACACAAUUCACCAGCCUGUGUCCACUUCAAAAAGAAGGCACCAUUUGGCUAGACUACUGCAGCUUACGCUACUCAAACGUGAGCUUCUUUCGAGUUAGAGACGAUGAAAUCAACUACAAUUGGGAUUCAGACAACAACACAGACCCAGUUAAGUACACUAACAUGGCGGUCUCACUACUGAACAACCUAUCGAGUCAAGCUACUGCUGGUGGGUUUGGACUCAUGUUUUCUACGGGGGUGUCAAGCUUCAACGAGUCGUUCAAGAUAUAUGGGUUGGUGCAGUGCACAAGGGACCUGACCAUAGCUGACUGCAAGACAUGCCUGGCUAAGGCUGCAGGCUUUAUUCCUCGAUGUUGUUCGUCUCAAUUGGGUGCUAUUGCUUUUUCCAAGACCUGUUAUACGAGGUAUGACUCAUAUCAGUUCUUUUCCUCUGGCACAUCAGCCCCAUCGCUGAAUCCAACCAGUCCCCUCGCUUCUCCGCCGGUGAAUCUCGUGGGUCCGUCUCGUGGUUCAGGUAAUAGGAACCUUUUGGUGAUAGUUCUUUCCGUCCUUGUACCAUGGGCAGUGCUUAUCUCUGUUGUCUGUUGUGGCGUAUUAGCAAGGAAGUUGAAGGCUGGCAAACACAAAGCUAACGCAGGCAUCCCAAAUGGGGAAUUUCUAAUUUUCGAGUUAGACACAAUAAAAGCUGCCACAAAUAAUUUCUCUCAAGAAAAAAAGCUUGGAGAGGGUGGAUUUGGCCCAGUAUAUAAGGGCAAGCUAGAAGAUGAACAAGAAAUAGCAAUAAAAAGACUCUCUAUGUUCUCCGCACAAGGUAGAACAGAGUUCAAGAAUGAGGUGCAAUUGGUUGCAAAGCUUCAGCACAAGAAUCUAGUUCGUAUAUUAGGCUGUUGUUCUGAAGGAGAUGAGAAUAUACUUGUCUAUGAAUAUGUGCCUAAUUCGAGUCUUGACAAAUUUAUCUUCGAUCCUGACAGGCGUGCAGAAUUGAGCUGGAAACAGCUUUUGGAGAUCAUUAAAGGAGUUGCUAGAGGGCUUCAAUAUCUUCAUGAGGAUUCUCGUCUCACAGUUGUUCACAGGGAUGUGAAAGCUAGCAAUGUUUUGUUAGAUAGAAACCUGAACCCUAAGAUUGCAGACUUUGGGUUGGCAAGGCUUCUUACCAUGGACCAAACGCAUUGUGAUACCUCAAAAAUUGCUGGGACAUAUGGAUAUAUGGCGCCAGAAUAUGCAAUGCAUGGGAACCUUUCUACAAAAUUAGAUGUAUAUAGCUUUGGGGUAUUGCUGCUAGAGAUUGUAAGUGGUAAAAAGAGCACAGCAUUCGAUGAGUUAGGGGACCAAGAUCUUUUGAGCUAUGCUUGGAAGCUUUGGAAAGAAAGCAAGAUGCUGGAGUUGAUGGAUCAGGCAUUGUCAGACUCAUGUCCAAAGGUUGAAGCUUUAAGGUGUAUUCACAUUGGUCUACUGUGUGUGCAAGAGAAUCCAAGUCACAGACCAACAAUGUCAUCUCUUGUUAUGAUGCUAAAUAGCGCCUCUGUAACACUUCCAAUGCCUUUAUCUCCAUUCUUCUUAGACAGGAGCCAGGGUUCAUUUGUUCUUCAUUCAAGCAGUUCGGCAUCAAUGCAAGUGACCAAUCCUAGUGAGUGAUAAAGCUAGUAUUGGAUGCCGAUUAUGACAACAUUGUCUCUGAAAUCAGAGGUCACUUGGCCGUGAUUUAUUCCUUGGUGUUCUAGGCACCAUACAAAGUAUGCAAGCUCGAGAAUUUUUUUCCCAUGUUGAAUGUAAUGUCACAUGUAUGGUGGAACUCAUCGAUGUCUAUAUUCCGUCGUUUUGUAACACCCUCUUAGUUGUACGGUUCACCGACAUAAAACUGCAAGGUUGGUAUCCAAUUGAUGGUGUUCGCCAGUUUUAUAGAAAUUGAAAAUCAAAUUUGAGC